AUGCAAGAAGCACUAGAGACGUCUGUUUGUUUUAAAUCAACAAAAUUAUUUGAGAUCAGUGACGAGAUUUUACUAAACGUUUCCCUUCAAUUCCUGUUUUCAUUGUCUGUGUCUACGAACUUGGAGCUGGAACUUCUGCAUCACGCUGCCGACGCAAGUGCAUGGAGGCUGGGACGGUGCUGGGUGGUGUCGGUAUUCUUGUCCCAUGUACUGAUAUACCUGUUCUCUCUCCCAUUAGAAUGCGCGAAGGGUUUGCACUUGUACGACGCUCGAUGCUAUCAGAGUUGUCCGGACGGUACGUACGCGGGGGAAAUACUGGAGCGUACUUCGAGGCGACGUAACCUUACAGUUUUGGAGGCUGGACCGCCUGUCAUUAAGCGACAGGGUGAUAACAAGCCGACAGCUUCGGAAGCCUUAGAUAUGGAACCGACUACUAACUACACCGCUCCCCUGAUAUGCCUGUCUUGUCACUACACCUGUGCCACGUGCGUUGGCCCGCACAAUAGCCAAUGCUCUUCCUGCUUAGACGAUGCCCAAAUCGUCAACUUAACAGAUGCUGAACCUAAAUUCUAUUGCUAUCCAAACAUAAUCUUGCCUCAGCUAACUGACGCAAACUGGCAAUACAAAGUUAACGUGAUUCUCUCGAUAGUACUCUUUGUAUGCGGUUUGUUUGUUUGUUAUGUACUAAGCACGUGUUGGAAGAAGAAGUAUGGUAGAAACAAUUAUAAUAAUAAUAUAAAGGUGGCGUAUAAAGAAUUGGCUGCAGAUGAUAAGCAUCAAAGUGCUUUGGAUGUUGAAGAAGAGAUACACAAAGCUAUUAUUGACGGGAGUGAUAGUGAAUCGGAUGAUGAUUUGCGUUUAUAG